ACGAAACACUUGAAUGUAAAUUCUCCAAUUAAUGCAUUGAAACUAAUUAAACAUCUUCUAGAAAAUGAUUUAUUUCUCUUUCGAAUGCAUCAUCAAUCGUCUUUUGUAACUUCCAAUGAGAAGCAUCUUUCCUCAAAAUAUUAGAACCAAUACGGAAGUAAAUAAUACUUAAUGACGUCGUUGACGUCAGACUAAAUCAUACUACCGCUGUAUUAAGAUUGUUGUGAAUUACAGCUGUUCAAAUAUAGUAAUAUAGAUAUAUAAAAUGGAUUUCGAUGAUGUUCUACCUUACAUCGGCUCUUAUGGAAAAUACCAAAUUAUACUUUUAAGUUUAAUGGCUACUAUAUCUAACGUUCCUUGUUGUUUUAUGUAUGUUAGUGUAGAAUUCGUUUCGGGAACACCGGAUCAUUGGUGUCGAAUACCUGAAUUAGAAGAUCGCCUUUCUAUGGAUAAAAUCAAGAACAUUAGUAUACCUUUAGAGAUGAGAGAUGGAGUCGAAGUAUACAGUCAAUGUAAGAUGUACGAUUAUAAUUACACACGAAUUCUAUUGGAUGGUGUUCCAGAUAAUGCAAGUGUUACUCAGGUACCCUGUAAGAAUGGUUGGAAUUACGAUAAAUCUAUUUACGACAGUACAUUGGUUACUGAGAUGGACGUAGUAUGCGAUGAUAGAUGGCUUCAAGCCAUAGCAAAAUCUAGUUUUUUCUUCGGUACCAUUAUCGGCAGUAUCGUUUUUGGCAAUUUGGCAAAUGUAUAUGGAAGAAAGCCAACUUUUUAUGUCCUGCUGUCUGUAUACAUCAUCAUAGGUAUUCUAUCAUGUUUUCCACCUAAUUAUAUCGCAUUUAUUGUAUAUAGAACCAUAAUUGGCACAACUAGCAUUGUGAUUUUCCAGAUUCCUUUUGUUUUGGCUAUGGAACUGGUUAAACCACAGAAACGAUCAACAUCUGGAAUGUGUAUAUGCUCAACGUUUCCAUUUGUCAUCGCACUCAUGUGCCUUUUAGCGUAUCUCUCAAGAAACUGGUUUAUAUUAUCCUUAAUAACUUCUGUUCCUCUAGUAAUUUUCUUGGUUAUAUGGUAUUUUGUUCCUGAAUCACCGAGAUGGCUUGUUGCACAGAAUCGAAUUGAUGAAGCAGAAGUCAUUGUUCAAAAGAUAGCAAAAGUGAAUAAGAAAAAAAUACCACCGAACUUUCUCAAAACAUUUAUGGUAAAUGAAAAACAAAAAUAACCUCAAUUUUAUAUAAUACAGUUGAAUCUAUCUGUAUAUCUAUCGCGAAUCUCAUGGGAACGAGGAAAA